AUCUUAUCAUUAUUUUCAAAAUCACCAAUUCAGUUAAAAGAGGCCAUUCAAAAAUAUGGUAUCCAACAUUACCCAAAUCAACCAUUUGCAACAUUUUACAACUCUUAUGAUGAUGCAUUAAAGGACAGUACCUCAGAAGAUAAAUUAAAAGUUUUAUUAGAGAAUGAUUAUAGUGGAAACAGUGUUAAUAAAGAUACAAAUGGUGCACUAUUCAAUUUUAAAACUUAUUUUGACGAAUUAAAUACAAUUUUAUUUGGACAGCAAGUCUUUUUCACAAGAUUAAUGUCAUCGACCCAACUUGUUUCAAUGAAAUAUUUUACAAAUACAAUGCAGGGUUUAGCAGUUGUUGCUGAUCAACAAAAUAAAGCUGUAGGCAGAGGUAAUAAUAAAUGGGAAUCACCACUAGGUUGUUUAAUUUAUUCAUUUAAAUGUAAGCAAACUGAUGGUAACAAAUUACCAUUCCUUCAAUAUGUAUGUGGUGUAGCAUUAGUUGAAGCAGUUCUCUCAUUCCCAGAAGCUAAAGACUUGAAUAUUCGUUUAAAGUGGCCAAAUGAUGUUUAUGGAAAUGGCCUUAAAAUUGGAGGUAUUCUCUGCCAAUCAAAUUAUAGUGAUAAUGAAUUCGAUGUUGUUAUUGGUAUUGGAAUUAAUGUUACCAAUUCAAAUAAUCCAACUAUUACAAUUAAUCAAAUGAUUCAUCUCAAGGAAGAACAAAAAAAACAAAAAGGUCAUGUUAGCAAUCCUGACUCUAUUACCCCAGUUUACAUUACAAGAGAAGCUCUUCUUGCCAAAUUCUUCAACAUUUUUGAAAAAAUUUAUAUCGAAUUCACUAAAGAAGGUUUUGCACCAUUGAAACAAAGAUACAUCGAUCUUUGGAUGCACUCUAAUCAAAUAGUUCACCUAAAAGAGCAAAAUAAAACUGUAAAAAUAGUUGGUUUAGAAGAUAAUGGUUUCUUAAAAGCAGUGGAACUAGAUGAAAAAGGCAAUCAAGUUUCAAAUCAAUACCAUGAACUUCAUCCUGAUGGAACUUCAUUCGAUAUUGAUAAUUUAAUUUUAAAGAAAAAAGAA